CUACUCACGCAGGGGGGCACUACUUUUCAAAGAGGGACCAAGCAUCUGGAAGGCAAGCCACUUCACGAAGCCACCUAUUCACCCAAAAACCUUGGAUCAUCUUAAGAAAACAGGCUCACCAUGGACAACCAUUCGUACAACUUCCCUUCUGACUGCACCCCACUCACUAACUGCAAGUCUGCCCGUAAACCAGCUGGAUCCACUGUGGUGAACAUGGGCAACGCUGGCAAGAAUCCUCCCCGGGACUAUCUAAUCUGGUCACUGUGCAACACCUUGUAUGUUAACUUCUGCUGCCUGGGGUUCAUGGCGCUCAUCUACUCCAUCAAGGCCAGGGAUCAGAAGACUCAGGGCAACCUGCAGCUGGCCCAGGAGUGCUCAGACAAGGCCAAGUGGUACAACAUCCUGGCAGCCGGCUGGAACCUGCUGAUUCCGCUCCUGGCCGUCGUCCUGCUCGUCCUACUGCUCGUCCACCUGGGCUCCUCUCAAGGCUCCUUUGACUUUUUUGGAGAAGAUGGCUUCCAAAACUUCAUGAACCUGUUCAGCUGGUAGAUAAGAAGCAAAAGGGGGGUAAAUGAACAAGAACAGGCGUCAAAUUCAACCCAUUCACACUAACUGUCAGGAGAGGCCAUUUGAUUUGAUUUGAAGUUGAUUUGUUACCAGACUGUCCAUGAAGAUAAAAAGAGGAGAUUGAACCAGUUACACCUAAAAGCAAUUAAUAACAUAUGCGAUUUCUGAACAAGUGACCUAAAACCAAUGAUACAUGCUUCUCUUGUUCUUUUGUUCUGUAAAAGCAAUAUAUCACUACUUUGGGUCAGAGGUCAGCAUUGGUGGAAAAUGUACAGUACAGAUGUGACCAAACACUGAGUAUCAGCCCAAAAUAGAACAUCUGGGCCGACAUGAAGAGGAGACUAGUAGGAGCUGAAACCAGUUUGAGCAAGCAGCCACCCUGUGUCUCUUUUUGUUAUUUAUUGUAUUUAUGUCGAGUGGAAAUUUGAAUGACAUUAUCUUUAGUCAGGGUAGAAAGACAAGCGAGAACAGGCGACUGUGGAGCCAAAAUCUGAAAGAGAGCCUGAAAUGACGACAAGCCACUUCACGAAGGACAAUCAACACUCACCUCCCUCUGACUAUCAUUCAUUUACAUCUUUCAACAUUUGUUGAAUUUUAUUACUGUUACAGAAUACAUCUAUUUUUGUCCCUGUUUGUGUAUUUGUAUUACUAUAUUGUUGUUUUACAUUAUCUUAUUCUCAAAUUGUAGUAUGUGAAUUAAAUAAACCAGAUACUGUUAACUCAG